CCCGCGCAGAAAGUGACUUCCGCUCGUCUUUCCGUGCGGCGCUUUCGGUCUGUCGGAGCUUGGGUGUUCUCGACCCGCGGCGAGGCCGGCGCACCGCAGCCAUGACAGAGGCUGACGUGAACCCGAAGGCCUAUCCCCUCGCAGAUGCCCACCUCACCAAGAAGCUGCUGGACCUUGUUCAGCAGUCGUGCAACUACAAGCAGCUUCGGAAAGGAGCCAAUGAAGCCACCAAAACCCUCAACAGAGGCAUCUCUGAGUUCAUCGUGAUGGCAGCAGACGCUGAGCCCUUGGAGAUCAUCCUGCACCUCCCACUGCUGUGUGAAGACAAGAAUGUCCCCUAUGUAUUUGUGCGCUCCAAGCAGGCUCUAGGACGGGCCUGUGGGGUCUCCAGACCUGUCAUCGCCUGUUCUGUUACCAUCAAAGAAGGCUCUCAGCUGAAGCAGCAGAUCCAGUCCAUCCAGCAGUCUAUUGAAAGGCUCCUGGUGUAGGCCUGUGGCUCUGCCCGCCCUUCCUGUCUGCUCCCACCCUACUCUGUAUCAUACCGUCUGUUAGCAUGUAGUGUUUUCAGCCAGUUUCUAUUAUAAAUAUUGUACUACAUCUGGUUUUUGUAUUUUAUAGUCUUACAGGGUUGUUCUGUCCCAUCUCUCCACCCUCUCCUACCAUUUUUAAUCUGUUUCACUUACACUAAGCAAAAUGAUAUCUAAAGCAGGUGAGAGGCAGAACGGCACAGUUUAACAGUGGGAAGAACCAGGAAACACCUAAGCCAUCUGCAAACUCACUCCUCUGCAGGACAAGAUGACAGUAACACUCGUCCCUUGCACCUUUGCAUAGGAGAUCUCCAUAUAUGCUACCAUGACUGAAGAGCUUUCAGCAGCCCCUCCCACCCACCGUCAUUUGAAGAGAAAGUCUGAUAAUGUUAAACUUACGUCCAAGUGCCAUUUAUUAAUGUUGUGUUUUUGAUAUGUGUAACCUUCUAUUCUCACCCCAUUCCCUACUGAGGGUAUCAAGGCAGUAACAAUUCAAAGGGAUGGUCUGCAGACUCCUAGGCGGCCUGAGUUUGACUGCCUGGAUCUUGAAGAGUGACAAGGACAGAAUAGUUGUAAUAAAGAAUAUCGGGGCUGGAACUCAGAGCAGAGACAAUGCUGUCAGGGACAUUCUGCCCUUCGUUGAAUGGGGAUUUCUUGUGGGGCUGUUUGACACCCACUUGGAGAGCCCUAUCCCUUUCCUCCUUCAACAUGGGUCAAAUGUAUUCUCUGUCACAUGAAGAGCGAAAAUAAUGUUCAUUCUUGAGCAUCCUAAUAAAUAUGUUCAUA